UCCGCGACGGGCCGCCGCCACCGCAACAUGGCGCGCGUGAUCGCGCUGCUCGUCCUGUGCUCGUGCGCAAGCGCCGAGAUCCUCACCCCCCCGUACGUGAAUCUCGCGCUCGGAAAGAAGAUUACUGCGACGGCGACAUGCGGCGAUGAGGGCCCCGAGCUCUACUGCAAACUGGUCGGCGCCAACGCCGAUCACAACGAACGUGUCAUACAGGGACAGGUUUGCGACUUCUGCGAUGCCAACGACGAGAACAAGAAGCACCCGCCGGAGUACGCCGUGGACGGCAUGGAGACCUGGUGGCAGAGCCCGCCGCUCUCGCGAGGCAUGAAGUACAAUGAGAUCAACCUCACCAUCGACCUUGGACAGGAGUUCCACGUGGCGUACGUGUUCCUCAAGAUGGGCAACUCCCCCCGCCCGGGACUGUGGGCCCUGGAGAAGUCCACGGACUACGGGAAGACCUUCAAGCCCUGGCAAUACUUCUCAGAGUCGCCUCAGGACUGUGAAAGAUACUUCGGUAAGGAAAGUCUGCAGCCCAUCACAAGAGAUGACUCAGUUAUCUGCAGCACAGAAUACUCCCAGAUCGUGCCUUUGGAAGGCGGAGAGAUCCCGAUCUCCCUGCUGAACUACCGUCCAUCAGCGAAUAAGUACUUCAGCUCCCUGGUGCUCCAGGAGUGGACACGAGCGACGAACGUGAGGCUACGUCUGCUGCGGACUAAGAACUUACUGGCGCAUCUCAUGUCUGUCGCGCGCCAGGACCCAACAGUUACCAGACGGUACUUCUACAGUAUAAAGGACAUCAGCAUUGGCGGACGGUGCAUGUGCAAUGGCCACGCAGACAACUGUUUCCCAGCGGACCCGACGAGCGACACCAGCAUUCUGGUGUGCCGCUGUCAGCACAACACAUGUGGCGAUCAGUGUGCCAAGUGCUGCCCUGGCUUCGAGCAGAAAAAAUGGAGAAUUUCACAGUACUGGGACAGAUUCUCUUGUGAACCGUGCAACUGCCACAACCACACAACGGACUGCGAGUACGACCCUGAGGUGGACGAGAAGCAUCUCUCGCUGGACAUCCAGGGCCGCUACGAGGGCGGCGGCGUCUGCAGAAACUGCCAACACAACACCGAGGGCAUCAACUGCAACAAGUGCCGGGCGACCUUCUACAGGCCGCGCGGCAAGCGCUGGGACGAGCUGGAUGUGUGUCAACCGUGCGACUGCGACCUGCACUACUCGACGGGCAACUGCGAGGAGGAGACGGGCCGCUGCGAGUGCCGCAAGGAGUUUAACCCGCCCUACUGCGACUCGUGCGCGUACGGCUACUUCGACUAUCCGGACUGCAAGCCGUGUACGUGCAACCUGAACGGCACCGAGGGACAGCACUGCACGCCCGUGGGAGGCCUGUGCCCUUGCAAAUACAACUAUGCUGGCAACUCUUGUGAAAUUUGUGCCGAUGGAUAUUACUCAUCUGAGUGUAAAAACUGCGAAUGCAAUCCAGUGGGCUCUGUGUCACAAGUGUGCGACAAGGAGUCCGGCAACUGUACGUGCAAGAGCAAGUACGCGGGCCGCACCUGCAACCAGUGCGAGCCCGGCUACUACGAGUAUCCUUCCUGCAACCACUGCAACUGUGACGUCAGCGGUACGCAAGCGAGCAUUUGUGAUGACAUCACCGGCCAGUGCAUUUGCAAGUUGGGCUUCGGCGGAGCGCGGUGCGACCAAUGUAUCUCUGGGUACUACAUGGAGGUGCGAGGGCGCGAGCGGACGUGCGUGCCGUGCAACUGCUCGUCCACCGGCUCCACGUCCACCAGCUGCUCGGCCGACGGCAAGUGCAACUGCCUGGCCAACUUCGGCGGCCGCCAGUGCGCGCAGUGCUCGCCUGGCUACUACAAGUACCCGGACUGUCUGCCGUGUAACUGUGACCCGUCUGGAUCCAUCGGGUCAACGUGCGACGACAACGGCAAAUGCCACUGCAAGUCCAACUUUGACAACGAGAAGUGCGACCGCUGCAAGGAGCAAUUCUACAACUACCCCGCGUGCGAAGAGUGUAACUGCGAUCCUAAAGGAGUUGUGGCUUCCUUCGCUGGCUGCGGCUCAGUGCCGGCCGGCGAGCUUUGCCAGUGCAAGGAGCGCGUGCAAGGCCGCAUCUGCAACGACUGCAAGCCUCUCUUCUGGAACCUGCAGGAAUACAACCCCGUCGGCUGCGAAGGUCAGUGCUCCUCAACCUUUUGCUGGGUCACACUGUUAACACGAGGCUAGAUGACAACAUUUAUAUUAUUUUGUGAUAAUUAGAAAAUAUUAUUUUUGUAUUUUUUAUUUCCUUUCAUAAUCAAAUAAAAACAGUGCUACAUGCGUCUCGUUAGCUAUGUGUUAGCAGUGUGACUUCUGUUGUAUGCUUGUAUGUACUUGUUUGUUUAUUGUUUGACAAGUAGUUUCAAGACCUAGAAAUCGUUGCCGAUAUUUCACACGGCUCUUUUAUAAAAAUAAUGGCGGCUCAUACAAUUUUAUACUAAGGUUGUUACAGCAUUAUUAUUAUUACCUUUAUCAUGGACUAAUAUUUAUUAUUUUACCUUACAUGCUGCACUGGAUUGAAAGAAAAACUCAUAACAAACAAAGUUUGGUUCGACUCACUGGUUAGGUUUUUGUGGUGAAAUGUUCACUUCAAGAUAUUCAAUUGGGUUAGACUCUUAUUAACAGUUAGGCUUUCUUAAUCUAGGAGAGUAAGUAUGGAAUUAAUUACAGAAUAA